CCGCUCCCCCCUGGAAGGGAAGGGCAGUCGGAUUUCGCCGGCGCCUCCUCCCGUCGGAGCCGGCGGCCUGCGGGAGAUAUAAAUAGGGACUGACUUCAGCGGGCGGCCGGGCGGCCCGGGCCCGUCACGCCGCCGCCUGACAGGCGGAAGCGCAGGCGCUCGUCCGCCCACGUGACCGACCCACCGCGGCCCGGAGCUGCCGUAAGGGGUCAGUCGGGGUGCGUGAGCCGUAGCGGCGUUCCCAUUGUCGGGAGGCGCCUUGAAAAUAAACGCGGGUGAAACCCCGGCCAUCUCCUGGAGCCUGGAAAAGCACGACUUGUUCAGCGUUGGGUAGCAACGACUUGAUCGUUCCGUUAGGGGCAUGUAUUUCAAGUAGUGGAAGACUCUGCAGACCAAAGGAGCUGCUGAGUUUCUAGUUUGUACUGGAAUAGUAGAGUUGGCACCUAAAGCAACAUUUAGUAAGUGGCAAAACUUUAGUGCACUAACUUGGAAAUUAAGCAGCAUCGAGAUGACUCAGGAGACAAACCAGACCCCAGGGCCUAUGCUGUGUAGUACAGGAUGUGGAUUUUAUGGAAAUCCUAGGACAAAUGGGAUGUGUUCAGUUUGCUACAAAGAACAUCUUCAGCGACAGCAGAAUAGUGGUAGAAUCAGCCCAAUGGGAACAACCAGUGGUUCAAACAGUCCUACCUCAGACUCUGCAUCUGUACAGAGAGCAGACACUAACUUAAACAACUGUGAAGGUGCUGCUGGCAGCACAUCUGAAAAAACAAGAAACGUGCCUGUUGCCUCUUUGCCUGUAACGCAGCAAAUGACAGAAAUGAGCAUUUCAAGAGAGGAAGAAUUAACACCGAAAACAGUGACCGAGCCAGUUGUUACUCAACCAAGCCCAUCAGUUUCUCAGCCUAGUACUUCAGAGAGUGAGGAGAGAGCUACUGAACUGCCAAAACCAAAGAAGAACAGAUGUUUCAUGUGCAGGAAGAAGGUUGGCCUUACAGGAUUUGACUGCCGAUGUGGAAACCUAUUUUGUGGACUUCACCGUUAUUCUGACAAGCAUAACUGCCCAUAUGAUUACAAAGCAGAAGCUGCAGCAAAAAUAAGAAAAGAGAAUCCAGUUGUGGUGGCUGAAAAAAUUCAGAGAAUAUAAAUUAAUGUGCUUGUGAAAAGA